GAAGCUGUGGGCACCAUGAGAAUGUAGGGUUAGACCUUGACAAGCUUCUUUAUUCCCCUCAUCUAUUUUGAGACAAUGUUUGUGCUUUGUGAGCAGCCCCACUCAUUUCUGGCGUUACCUCAUAAUUACUGUAAUUACUAUAAAAUCGACACUUUGAAAAGUCUCAAGCAAGUCGAGCAAUCUGCACAUGUUCAAAGUUCAGAGCUACUUUAGCAGCAAGCAAGCAAGCAAGCAGCCAUGAAGACCUCCCUAAGUAUCCUCACAGUGAUCGUAUCACUAAUCCUAGUAGUGCAACCCAAGUCACUCAACAAGAGAAACACAGACGGCAAAACAACACAGCAGCAAGCUGAAUAUCAUAUUGCAAGAAACGACUCCGGGUCCCGCUAUAUACUGGAUAUCUUCAACAGCCUAUCCAAUGAUUCCAUUUCCGAUCCUCUCACAUCUCAGGCCAACACUAUUCGAUCUCUGAAAAACGUGGCUCCAGAGUCUGGCUGUAAUCUAUUCAACUUCUCAUUAUCUGGGAUCGGGCACUCUGAGUUUGCUAUAGAAUCUGACCUCCAUCUCUACAUGACUCUACAAUACCCAUUCACGGAGAGACUAACGAUAGAAAUCCGUAAAUUUAAGCAAGAAGAUGAUGUAGAAGAUUUUAUAACGUCUAAAGAGAUUCUACCGGUCAAGGAACCCGGUUGGCUCGUCUUCCCCAUGCAAGCAUACUUAUCUGAGCUAAUACCAGAAGGCAAGACGCACGCUUUAUUGCGAGUCAUUAUCAAGGGUCAGGAUCAGGCCUCGCUGGAUUGCAAUGAUGGUCCUAUCAGCUUUGUCUACUCCCAGGUUGAGCUAGACCGCGCCCCCUAUCUCACACUCCACUCGUACGAUCACAGAAUAGAGAAUAUCGACUACACAGCUAUCCUCAAGAAAUUGGAGAUGGAGAGAGUGGUAUACGAUGGUAACAAUACUUCCCCAGCACCUACCGUAGCGCGGAGGAAGAGGCAGAACGAACCUGCCUGUCAACUAAACGAUCUUAUAAUCCCCGCUGACCAAAUCCCAAUGUCUACAAUUUUGGAAGGUGCUACUAUUUUUAUGCCCUCGGAAGUCAACCUUGGUAUAUGCGGUGGAGUGUGCACAAAUGCACUACCAAAACACAGUGAAUUAGAGCAUUCACUGUUAGCCUACUACCUUCUCUCCACCAACGGGUUUUCACACCCCGAUGGCAGUGUGUCCCAGUGCUGUGCUCCAGUGUCGUAUGCACCACAUAUGUUUGUUGUAGUGAUGCCAGACCAGAAAUUGAUGGGCUUAAAUCUGCUUAACAUACGAAUCACCAAAUGUGACUGUUUAAAUAAUGUUGUACAGUUAAACAGCGGUGCAGGAAGAUGAAACUUUAUUUGGCUCCUAAUUCUACUAAACCAUUUUUUUUAUUCCUGCUAGCAUCAAUUACUGCAUGGGUACAUUGACUCGUGAAUGUCCACUACAUGUACAAAACUACUCACUUUAACUUUGUAUACUCAACAGCUCUUUAUAAUUGCUGUAACUAACUUAUUCCUCCCAUGCAGCCACCAUUAUUGUGUACUACUUUGUAUAUAAUUAUGUGUCUACCUGCACUUGUAUUACAAUGUACAGGGGCGGAUCCAGAGGUAGUUCGUUGGGUUUGUACGAACUACCCUUCCACUAAGUUGAUACUUUAUAUUACACCUGGCUAGCUAGCUAGCUUACUGCCAUGACAAUAGGGUACAAAGUUCUCUCUGCAUAAUGUGAGGGUGGGGCUGAUACUCUCUGCAUAAUAUGAGGGUGGGGCUGGCUAUAUUGACUCAUCCAGCCAUGGUCGCAGUGAUAAUAGCCUCGAAUCCAGGCCGAUUAAAAUACGUAUUUUAAUCGGCCUGGUCUCGAGGCUACAGUGAUAAUUGAGCCUGGCCAUGAAUCCUAACAAAAGGUCUAGAUUGCAACCCUCCAUUGACUCCUGGUUUAAGAAGAGUAAAGUUUCAGGUAAGGGAGAGUUCAUGGCACUGCAUACUGAAUGAUAGACACUGUAUAGAUUAAUUAUAAUUGCUAUAAUGACUAAUAUAAUAAUCUAGAUGAUGCGUCAAGUCUACAGCCAGUCUCCUCUUCAAGAGAACCACCAGCCACCACCGUCUCUCCUCCAGUCAUCAACGUCUCUCCUCCAGCCACCACUGUCUCUCCUCCAGUCACAACCAUCUCUCCUCCAGUCACAACUAUCUCUCCACUGGAACCACCAGCCACCUCCAUCACCCCUCCAUGUUCAUCGAAGCAAGCAACGAGAUCUUCCGCUGAGGAUCAGCCAAUGGACAUUGGUGCUCUCCUGAAAGAGAAGAAAGUGCAAUCACUAUCCCAGAGCAUGAGAAUGGCUUUGCCUUGUGUUCUUUCAGAUAUUAUAUAAUUUAUGUUUUUGUAUAAUGUUUUUGUUGAAGGGAA